AUGCUGCCUCGAAAAGGGGACGCUGCGCGUCCUGUUGGGGGAAGGGAGGAGGAAGAGGUGAGCGAAGUGAACGAAGCGGACGAAUCGAACGAAGAGGACGAAGUGAAAGGAGAAAACCUUAACUGCACAAACGAAGCGAACCUCAACUGUGCGAACGCCAGCUCCGCGGAGGCGGCGACCGAAAUGGACGAACCAUGCGCGGUGGCCAAGGCGAAGGCGCGCCCCAGCAGCCGCCCCAGAAACGUAAAGCUGUUUUGCAAAAUGAAGAAGAAGUACUUCUACCUUAAGCAGACGGAUUACCUGUCGUACAAGUACCAGAGGAGGAAGCGGAAAAAGAGGAGGCGCGAGGAGGGCGCGUGGAACGCCACAUGGCAUGGCAUAAAUCGCAUGGCGAAGUGUGGCUACAAAACGUAUGCUAGGGUGAAGGCCCACCUGAAAAAAGCCUUUCCCAAUCUGAAUGUUAAGCACUGUCUGUACGUGCUCGUAACGUAUCUGCUAAUAAACGUCGCGGUGAUUGUUUUUUCCCUGCUGGUUUAUUUUUUUUUAUAUUUUUAUUUGAUCCCCCAGAAUAGGUAUGUGUACCCGGUGGAGUUCUCCCUCGCCAAAAGCCCCAUAGAGGAGUACUUGCGCAGGGAGCGCUGUGAGCGCGCGGGGGGCGGUGGCCCCACGGCGGCGGACGGUAACGCGGACGGCAAUGUGCACAGCAGCAUGGAUAGCUGCAUAAGCAGCAGCGCGGGCGGAGCGCCGCACGAAACGUACCUGCACCAUUUAAAGUCGCUCGAAGGCGAAAUUUUAAGCAGCAUAAAGGGGAAGGACACAUGCUGCUGCUCGGACAGGUGGGGAAAGAGAACGAUGGGCACGCAUCCGUUUGGUGGCAAUGGAGAAAAAUACCCGGGGAGGGAAAAAUUGCACCACUUUGAUUACGAAAUGGAGUAUGCAUAUUUGCAAAAUAAUAUAUUAACAGGUCAGGUAAAUUUUGAAAAAUGGUCAGGCAAAAAUAAAUCACACAACGAUCACAGUUUUUUUCAUUUUUUUAUUCCCUUUUUGAAGAAGAAAGAAAUUAGCAAACUGAAGAUAAAGAAAGGAUACAAAAUAGACAUUCUUUUGAAUCUGUCCUACAUGAACAAUGACUACAACGACAAAUUAAAUUUCAUCCAAUUGCAGACGGAGGUACUUGCCACAAAUGGGGAUGUCCUUUUUCGAAACGAAAAGCUACACAUAAACAAUAAAAAUUAUAACUUCAUAAAUAAACUUCAUUUAUUUUUUAACACCCCAUUUUAUUUCUUCAACGUUUUUAACCGGAGAACAACGGAGAUCUGCCUGGUUGAUGGGUACCAAUAUGGUCCCCCCUUUGGGAAAAUCCGCAUUUAUUUGUACCCCCCCAUGCAGAUUUAUGAGGCCUAUGUAGUGGUGCUUGUGUACGUCAAUUUUGUUUACUACUACAUGUAUAAUUAUCCCUUUCUCUUUUUUUACGUGUUUGUUUUUGUGUUGAGCGGGUUACUCAUUUUGGUCAACACGGUCCUCUUCCUGUUGGGAGCGCUGUGCUACUACAUGCUCGGCUGA